GAUAAUUAAGAGUUCUUUAAGCUGUGCGAUUCGAACUGAAGACCAAGUAAUUUGUUGCGAAAAUGAGUGCCGACGAUUGGGAGCCGAACCAUGGAGACAACGCAUGGCAAUUGACGGCGGCAACGAUCGUUGGGAUGCAAUCAGUUCCGGGGUUGGUCAUUCUGUAUGGGAGCGUGGUGAAGAAGAAAUGGGCCAUCAAUUCUGCAUUUAUGGCGCUCUAUGCUUUUGCAGUGGUGCUUGUUAUGUGGGCACUUUUUGCUUAUGAUCUAUCCUUCAAUCCCAAUACGAAAAAUGUUCUUAUUCCUGAGUUUUGGGGGAGGCCAGAGUUUUUGGCAAUGGGGCAAAAAGAGCUUCUUGGGCAGUGGGAACCCGCUGGUUUGCCCAGUGCUACGAAUGUGUUUUUUCAGUUUGUGUUUGCGGCAAUCACGCUCAUUCUCAUUGCUGGAUCGCUUUUGGGCAGGAUGAAUUUCCAGGCGUGGAUGUUGUUCGUUCCCCUCUGGCUCACUUUUUCUUAUUCCAUUGGGGCAUAUGCCCUUUGGACUGGAUUUUUUCACACCAAGUUUAUAACUGUGGAUUUUGCUGGGGGUUAUGUUAUCCAUCUCUCUUCGGGCAUUGCAGGCUUCACGGCUGCCUACUGGGUGGGUCCGAGGUCGACUAAAGAUCGAGAGAAGUUUCCCCCCAACAAUGUGCUGCUGAUGUUGGCAGGGGCAGGUAUGCUGUGGUUGGGAUGGUCAGGCUUCAAUGGAGGAGCCCCCCUUGCUGCAAAUCAGAUUGCUUCUUUGGCAGUCCUCAACACACAUAUAUGCACCGCCACGAGUCUCAUCACCUGGAUGUGCCUCGAUAUGAUUGUAUUUGGGAAGCCUUCAGUCAUCGGUGCCGUACAAGGAAUGAUCACCGGUCUUGUCUGCAUUACUCCUGGGGCAGGAGUUGUACAAGCAUGGGCAGCCAUGGUGAUGGGUUUGCUGUCAGGCAGCAUUCCAUGGACGACAAUGAUGAUAAUUCACAAGCGCUUCUCUUUUCUCCGGAAGGUGGAUGAUACAUUAGGAAUGCUCCAUACUCAUGGUGUGGCAGGGCUUCUUGGGGGCAUUCUUUCUGGCGUCUUUGCCCACCCCACUUUGUGUAAGAUUUUAUACACAGUCGAUCCAUUACCAAUUGGAUUAAUCUAUGGCCCCCGCCACUAUGUGAAUGACAAGGGUCAGUGGACUCGUUCGGGUCCCAAACAAUUGGGUAUGCAGAUCUCAGCUGCAUUGUUUAUCAUAGUUCUGAACGUUGUGGUGACGAGCAUCAUAUGCUUAGUGAUCCAGAUCAUUGUUCCUCUGCGCAUGUCAGACGAGGCUCUAGACAUUGGAGAUGAUGCAGCUCAUGGCGAAGAGGCCUACGCUAUCUGGGGUGAUGGUGAAGCCCUUAAAACUAGCAAGUUUGAAUUGGAGGACAUUCCCUCAAAAUCCCAGGGUACUCCUUCUAAGAUGGUCUGAUCCAAAUUGCCCUUCCAAUAAAAUGCAGACAUUAGACAUAUGUUACCCUAUGAAUAUGAGGAUGUAUCUAAUUCAGCUGAGGCAUUAUAGGUGUUUUGGGUUUGUGUCAAAGUAGAGACAAAUAGUGAUAUAAUUUCUCCCUAAUGUUUCCACGUCCAAUAUUCCACUCAAAAUUUAGGAGCUAUAUUAUCCUUAGCAUUUUGAUUUGUGUGUAA